GUCUCCACACUGUGCGGCACCAGCUGGGAGCCUAUUGGGACCAUGGGCCGGUCCUCCAAAGACAAGCGGGACAUUUACUACCGGCUAGCUAAGGAGGAGGGUUGGAGAGCCCGCAGCGCCUUCAAACUGCUGCAGCUGGAUGAGCAGUUCAGCCUGUUCGCAGGAGUGCGACGUGCCGUCGACCUGUGUGCUGCCCCUGGCAGCUGGAGUCAGGUCCUGAGCCGAAAACUGCGAGGGAAGGAGCCAAAGGACACAGAAGAGAAGAAAGAGGAGCCCAAGAUUGUAGCAGUGGACCUUCAGGCCAUGGCCCCUCUGCCUGGUGUCACUCAGAUCCAGGGGGACAUCACCAAGACCUCCACAGCUCAGGAGAUCAUCAAGCACUUUGAGGGACAGCCUGCUGACAUUGUGGUGUGUGAUGGUGCCCCUGAUGUGACAGGACUGCACGAUGUUGAUGAGUACAUCCAGGCGCAGCUCCUGCUGGCUGCUCUUAACAUCACUACGCACGUCUUGAAACCUGGUGGAACUUUUGUGGCAAAGAUAUUUCGGGGGAAGGAUGUGACUCUUCUUUACUCCCAGCUCAAGAUCUUCUUCAGCGAGGUGACAUGUGCCAAGCCGCGGAGCAGCCGGAACUCCAGCAUUGAGGCAUUUGCUGUGUGCCAAAACUACUGCCCUCCCAGUGGCUACAUCCCCAACAUGUCGAACCCCCUUCUGGACCACUGCUACGAUGUGGACUUCAAUCAGCUGGAAGGACCGAACCGGAUCAUUGUGCCGUUUCUGGCCUGUGGUGAUCUCAGUGCCUAUGAUUCUGACCGCACCUAUCCCCUCCAGCUGGACCCAAGUAAAGAGUACAAAUACACACCCCCUACCCAGCCUCCAAUUCGACCACCUUACGAACAGGCCUGCCACCUUCGCAAGAACAACCUAUUGGCUACAGAAGACUCCCCAUGUCGCCCAUUGGAUGGGGCCUUCUCUAACUUGCACCUCUCAGCCAAUGAGGACUCAGAGAUGACCUCAGAAGUAGAUGCAGCGUCUUUGUCUGCUGAAGCGGCCCAUCAGGAUACAGUAGUCUAAGAAAAGCGUUUAACUGAAGUUGUGCAGCACAGUAGACAUGUAAAGCAGUUGUGUUCGCAUCUCCUUGGUAUUAUCAGCAUUGAGUGUGAUUUGCUUCAGUGCAUGUGAGGAGGUAGUGUUGAAUUGUUAAUGCAGUCACAUACACGCUCUUCAAGUGCCACUUUUAUUAUAAAAAGUGUUUUUAAUUUUUUUCUUUAUAUAUCAAAUAAAUAUUUUAAUGUUAAUAUUUAGUGUUUGUUGUUGAUAAAUUGAGAAGCAAAAACAGUUGUACAUCUUGAGCAGAAGCACAUGACAAAUGCAUAAAUGUAGAUAUAAAUGCAUAGUUGUGACUGCUGAUUAUUAGCUUUUUAAUUUCUAUAACUUUGCCAGUCACAGCCCGUGUUUUAAUUUGAUUUAGUUGUGACUAAUAAA